GGAACUUUAAAGCUUGUAGGAAAGUCAUAACUCGCCCCCACAUCUGUUUGUUUGACUGUUGUUAUUUAGAUUUCUAUAAAAUAUCAAUGGUCUAGUAUCCAACGUCCAGUCGUGUACGACGAUGGAGUUACCGUCUACGGCACCGGAAUCCAUUGUUCUUGAAGACUUCGGUCAGAAGGUUGACCUCACACGGCGGAUCCGUGAGGUUCUCUUGAACUACCCGGAGGGAACGACGGUGCUCAAGGAGCUCAUACAGAAUGCCGACGACGCCGGCGCAACUAAGGUUCGCCUCUGCCUCGACCGAAGGCACCACGGUUCCGACUCCCUCUUAUCCAAUUCCAUGUCUCAGUGGCAGGGUCCUGCUCUCUUAGCCUACAACGACGCCGUGUUUACAGAGGAGGAUUUCGUCAGUAUUUCGAGAAUUGGCGGCAGUGCCAAGCACGGCCAGGCAUGGAAGACUGGUCGUUUUGGUGUUGGUUUCAAUUCGGUUUACCACUUGACCGAUUUGCCCUCUUUUGUGAGCGGCAAGUACGCGGUGUUAUUCGAUCCCCAGGGAGUGUAUCUUCCAAAUAUUUCAACCUCAAAUCCUGGAAAGAGAAUUGAUUUUGUUUCCUCGUCGGCCGUCGAGCUUUAUAAAGACCAAUUCUCUCCGUACGUUGCUUUCGGUUGCGACAUGAAAACCUCCUUUGCGGGAACUCUCUUUCGUUUCCCUCUUAGGAAUGCGCAUCAGGCAGCCACCAGCAAGCUCUCGAGGCAAGCGUAUUUGGAUGACGACAUAUUGUCUAUGUUUAUUCAGCUCUUCGAAGAAGGGGUUCUUUCUCUACUGUUUCUCAAAAAUGUGCUUUCUAUCGAGAUGUAUGUGUGGGAGAAGGGAGAUAAGGAGCCGAGGAAGCUGUAUUCAUGUGGUGUUUGUGCCGUAAAUGAUGAUGUUAUUUGGCAUCGGCAAGCACUUCUGAGGAUGUCGAAAAGGAGUUCUGAUGGGUUGGUGGAGGAGAGUGAGAUGGAUGCUUAUUGUGUGGACUUCUUGAGUGAGGCAUUUUGUGGUAGUGAAGUUAAGAAGAGGAUUGAUAGGUUUUAUGUAGUUCAAACUAUGGCAUCAGCAAAUAGCAGAAUUGUUUCUUUUGCUGCUACGGCUUCUAAAGAAUAUGAUAUCCAUCUCUUGCCUUGGGCUUCUGUUGCAGCAUGCAUAUCAGAUGAUCUUUCCGGUAAUGACUACCUGAAGCUUGGUCGGGCAUUUUGUUUUCUUCCACUGCCCAUAAGAACUGGGUUGAAUGUGCAUGUUAAUGGCUACUUUGAGGUUUCAUCAAAUCGUCGUGGCAUUUGGUAUGGAGCGGACAUGGACAGAAGUGGGAAAAUUCGCUCCAUUUGGAACAGACUUCUUUUAGAAGACGUUGUCGCUCCUGCCUUCAAACAUUUGCUGCUUGGUGUGCAAGGGUUGCUUGGGUCCACAGAUUCAUACUACUCUUUAUGGCCUACUGGUUCUUUUGAAGAGCCAUGGAACAUUUUAGUUGAGCAUAUAUACAAAAAAGUUGGUUAUGCGCCUGUAUUGCAUUCAGAAUUUGAAGGUGGAAAAUGGGUAACACCAGUUGAAGCCUUCCUCCAUGAUGAGGAGUUCAAUAAAAGCAAGGAACUUGGUGAGGCUCUCCUGAAGUUAGGAAUUCCUAUUGUCCAUUUACCCGUUUUCUUGUUUGAUAUGCUUUUGAAAUAUGCUUCUGGAUUUGAGCAAAAAGUGGUUACUCCUGGUACAGUUCGUCAUUUUCUUAGGGAAUGCAAAGUCCUUGUGACAUUGAGCAAAGGUUAUAAGCUUGUAUUGUUGGAAUAUUGUCUUGAGGACUUAAUUGAUGCUGAUGUUGGUAUUCAUGCAAACAAACUGCCACUGCUUCCUUUAGCAAAUGGUGAUUUUGGAUUAUUGUCUGAAGCUUCCACGGAGACCUCUUAUUUCAUUUGCAAUGAAUUAGAAUACAUGUUGCUUAAAAAAAUUUAUGAUAAAAUAGUUGAUCGUGAUAUUCCUGUGCACAUAUUUAGCAGAAUUUCUGCUAUUGCACAGUCAUCAAAAGCAAAUAUUGCAGUUUUCAGUAUUACACAUUUCCUAAACUUAUUCUCUAGAUUUGUCCCUGCUGAUUGGAGAUAUAAAAGUAAGGUUUUAUGGAAUCCUGGGUCCUGUAGUAAUCACCCAACCUCAUCAUGGUUUGAGCUAUUCUGGCAAUAUCUUCAAACUCAUUGCAAAACUUUAUCCCUUUUUGGCGAUUGGCCCAUCCUGCCAUCCACAUCUCAGCAUCUGUACAGACCUUCUAGACAGUCAAAAUUGAUCCGUGCUGAUAAACUUCCAGUUUCAAUUCAUGAUGCCCUUGUUAAAAUUGGAUGCAAGGUACUUAGUACCGCAUGUGGAGUUGAGCAUCCAGAUUUGUCUCUUUAUGUAUCUGAAGCUAAUUGUGCUGGUGUCUUGGAAUCAAUUUUUGAUGCUGUCUCUUCACAUGGUGGUAUAAGUCAAACAUUGUUUCAUAUUUUGCAAGAUGAAGAAAAGGAUGAUCUUCGCAGGUUUCUUCUUGAUCCUAAAUGGUACUUGGGAGAUUGUAUUGAUGGUUCUGUCAUAAGAAAUUGCAAGAAGCUUCCCAUUUAUAAAGUUUAUGGUGGAAGGUCUGUUCAUGACAUUCAUUUCUCUGAUCUAGAAAAUCCUAAAAAGUACUUGCCGCCAUUAAAUGUCCCUGACAAUUUUCUGGGUUCUGAGUUUAUUAUGACAUCCUUAAAUAGUGAAGAAGAGAUUUUGAUGAGAUAUUAUGGAAUUGAGAGAAUGGGGAAGGCACACUUCUACAGGCAGCAGGUGUUUGAAAAUAUCAGGGAGUUGCAACCUGAAGUUCGUGACAGUAUUAUGCUUUCUGUUUUGCAGAACUUGCCACAAUUUUGUGUAGAGGAUGCAACUUUCAAGGAACAUUUGAAAAAUUUGGAAUUUGUGCCGACCUUUAAUGGUGCUGUUAAAUGUCCUUCAGUGCUAUAUGAUCCUCGCAAUGAAGAGUUAUCUGCUUUAUUAGAUGACUCUGAUAACUUCCCUUCUGGUGCUUUCCAAGAACCUGAUAUUCUAGAUGUGCUACACAGUUUGGGCCUCAGGACAUCUGUUUCUCCUGAAACAGUCUUGGAAAGUGCUCGACAAGUUGAGCAAUUAAUGCAUGAGGAUAAAAAAAAAGCACACUCCAGAGGUAAAGUGCUUCUUUCGUACUUAGAAGUAAAUGCCAUUAAGUGGUUUCCCACCCAAUUAAAUGAUGAUGAAGGAACUGUUCAAAGAAUCUUUUCACGUGCUGCAACUACCUUUAGACCUCGCAACAUGAAAUCUGACCUUGAAAAGUUCUGGAAUGAUCUGCGGAUGAUUUGCUGGUGCCCUGUGAUGGUUUCUGCUCCAUUUCAUACUUUGCCAUGGCCUGCUGUAUCAUCGACAGUUGCUCCACCUAAGCUUGUUAGGUUACAAACAGACUUGUGGCUUGUUUCGGCUAGCAUGAGAAUACUGGAUGGUGAAUGUUCCUCCACUGCAUUAUCAUAUAAUCUUGGGUGGUUAUCUUCUCCUGGAGGAAGUGCACUUGCUGCUCAGUUACUUGAGCUUGGAAAGAACAAUGAGAUUGUGAAUGAUCAGCUACUUCGGCAGGAAUUAACCUUGGCAAUGCCAAAGAUAUAUUCAAUAAUGAUGAGCUUGAUUGGUUCUGACGAAAUAGAUAUUGUGAAGGCUAUUCUUGAGGGAUCGCGUUGGAUUUGGGUGGGAGAUGGAUUUGCUACCAUAGAUGAGGUUGUUCUUAAUGGCCCUCUUCAUUUGGCUCCCUAUAUUCGUGUUAUUCCCAUUGAUUUAGCUGUUUUCAAAGACUUAUUUUUGGAGCUUGGAGUUCAAGAGCAUUUUAAGCCCAUUGAUUAUGCUAAUAUUUUAGUUAGAAUGGCUUUGAGGAAGGGUUCUUGUCCUCUGGAUGUACAAGAAAUAAGGGCAGCAAUACUGAUUGUUCAGCAUCUGGCUGAAGUUCAGUUUCAUGAACAAGAAGUCAAGAUAUAUUUACCAGAUGUUUCAGGAAGACUAUUCCCUGCUGAUGGUUUAGUUUAUAAUGACGCUCCUUGGUUGCUUGGCACAGAUGAUGCUGAGAGCUCGUUUAGUGCAUCAUCUGUGGCCUUAAAUGCAAAAAGAACGGUUCAAAAGUUUGUCCAUGGGAGUAUCUCUAAUGAAGUUGCAGAGAAGCUUGGUGUCUGCUCACUUCGUAGGAUCUUACUUGCUGAAAGUGCUGAUUCUAUGAACUUUGGUUUAUCUGGGGCUGCUGAAGCCUUUGGACAGCAUGAAGCUUUGACGACAAGACUUAAACAUAUACUUGAGAUGUACGCAGAUGGUCCUGGGACUCUUUUUGAACUGGUUCAAAAUGCUGAGGAUGCUGGGGCUUCAGAAGUAAUAUUUCUUUUGGAUAAAACUCAAUAUGGGACUUCUUCAGUUCUCUCUCCUGAAAUGGCAGAUUGGCAAGGUCCCGCAUUAUAUUGUUUCAAUGACUCGGUUUUCACCCCUCAAGAUCUCUAUGCAAUCUCACGUAUUGGUCAAGAAAGCAAACUGGAAAAGCCUUUUGCAAUCGGAAGAUUUGGUCUUGGAUUUAAUUGUGUUUAUCAUUUUACAGACAUACCUGCAUUUGUUUCUGGGGAAAACAUUGUUAUGUUUGAUCCUCAUGCCUGUCAUUUGCCUGGGAUCUCUCCUUCCCAUCCUGGCUUAAGAAUUAAGUUUGUUGGGAGGAAGAUUUUGGAACAAUUUCCUGAUCAGUUCUCACCAUUCUUACAUUUUGGCUGUGAUAUGGAGCAUCCCUUUCCUGGUACCCUCUUCCGUUUUCCUCUUAGAAGCUCUGCUAUUGCCCUGCAUAGCCAGAUAAAGAGGGAAGGAUAUGCACCUGAAGAUGUCAUGUCUCUCUUUACAUCCUUCUCAGAGGUUGUUUCUGAUGUUUUGCUUUUCCUCCGCAAUGUGAAAAGCAUCUCUGUUUUUGUGAAGGAAGGAAAUGGUUAUGAAAUGCAACUCCUACAUCGUGUUCACAGAAAUUGCAUUAUGGAUCAAAAUAUGGGGUCGAAUGUAUCAAAUGAUGCAUUUACUCUUAUCAAUGGAAGUCAAUAUAAUGGGCUGGGCAAAGACCAGUUGCUGAACAGGUUGAGCAAAUCCAUAGAUAGGGAUUUUCCAUACAAGUGCAAGAAGAUCGUGGUCACAGAACAAAGACCUUCAGGUGUUUUGUCACACUGUUGGAUGACCUGCGAGUGUUUAGGCAGUGGGAUAGCCAAGAGCAACUCUGAAGCUGCUAAUGACAAAUCUCAUAAAUCAAUUCCAUGGGCUUGUGUUGCUGCAUACAUACACUCUGUCAAGAGGGAUGGGGAAUCAAGUGAUAUCUUCAACACAGAGGAUGCCUGUAGUGAAAUAUUUCAAGUUUCUGCAACUUCCAUUCAACACAGGAAAAACUUUGAGGGCCGUGCCUUCUGCUUUUUACCACUUCCAAUCAGUACUGCGCUUCCAGCACACAUUAAUGCAUAUUUUGAAUUGUCGUCCAAUAGGAGAGACAUCUGGUUUGGUAAUGACAUGGCAGGAGGUGGGAAAAAACGGUCAGACUGGAACAUGUACAUUCUUGAAGCUGUUGUUGCCCCUGCUUAUGGUCGCUUGCUUGAGAAAAUUGCACAGGAGAUUGGUCCAUGUGAUCUGUUCUUUUCAUAUUGGCCAACAGCAACUGGUUUGGAGCCUUGGGCAUCAGUGGUACGGAAACUAUACAUUUUUAUUGCUGAAUCUGGUAUUCGUGUUUUAUAUACAAAAGCCAGACAGGGCCAAUGGGUCACUGCCAAACAAGUGCUUUUUCCUGAUUUUAACUUUGACAAGGCACAUGAUCUUGUGGAAGCAUUAUCAGAUGCCAGUCUACCUCUCGUGACUAUUUCCAAGCCACUUGUACAGAGAUUUAUGGAGGCCUGUCCAUCACUGAACUUUCUGACACCACAGUUGUUAAGAACACUUUUGAUUCGGCGAAAACGCGGAUUUAAGGAAAGAAGUUCAAUGAUCUUGACCCUUGAAUAUUGUUUACUUGAUUUAAAAGUUCCUGUUCAACCUGACAGUUUGUACGGUUUAGCAUUAUUGCCGCUUGCUAAUGGUUCGUUUGCUACAUUUGGCAAGAAUGGGGCUGAUGAAAGAAUUUAUAUUUCACGAGGGGAUGAAUAUGGUCUCCUAAAGGAUUCAAUUCCACACCAGCUCGUGGACAAUGAAAUUCAAGAAGUUGUUUAUGGAAAGCUAUGCAGCAUAGCUGAGAGCCAGAGAUCAAAUAUUUCUUUUCUAUCUUGUGAUUUACUUGAGAAGCUUCUCGUGAAAUUACUUCCAGUUGAGUGGCAGCUUUCAAAAAAGGUAAACUGGGCACCUGGCAGUCAGGGUCAACCAAGUAUAGAAUGGAUAAGAUGUCUUUGGAGCUAUCUAAAGUCAUGCUGCAAUGAUCUGUCAAUAUUUUCUAACUGGCCGAUAUUACCUGUUGGAGACAAUUAUCUUAUGCAGUUAGUUCCAAAUUCUAAUGUUAUUACAGAUGAUGGCUGGAGUGAAAACAUGUCUUCUUUGUUGGUAAAAGUAGGAUGUUUAUUCUUGAGGCGUGACCUACAAAUAGAACAUCCGGGCCUGGGAAAAUUUGUUCAGCCUCCAACAGCAGCAGGCAUAUUAAAUGCUUUUCUGGCAAUUGCUGGUAGUCCAGAGAAGAUUGAGGCACUUUUCACUGAUGCAUCAGAGAGGGAGCUGCAUGAACUGCAGAGUUUUGUUCUUCAGUCGAAGUGGUUCUUUGAAGAGCACAUGGAUGACGCAUGUGUUGAUGUCAUCAAACAUCUUCCUGUGUUCGAGUCUUACAGAAGUAGAAAACUGGUUAGUCUGAGUAGACCUACCAAAUGGCUUAAACCAGAUGGUGUUAGGGAGGAUCUCCUGGGUGAUGAUUUUGUUCGCACUGAAUCAGAAAGAGAGAGAAUUAUUCUGCAAAGGUACUUAGACAUCAAAGAGCCAUCAAAAGUGGAGUUUUAUAAAGUUUACGUACUUAACCACAUGUCAGAAUUCCUUUCACGGCGGGAGUCUCUUGUGGCCAUUCUAAAUGACGUGAAGCUUUUGACUGACCACGAUUUUUCUAUUAAAUCAACACUGUGCACAACAGCUUUUGUUUUAGCUGCAAAUGGAACUUGGCAACAGCCAUCUAGGCUGUAUGAUCCCCGUGUUCCUGAACUACAAAAGGUGCUCCAUAGUGGUUUUUUUCCUUCUAAGGAAUUCUCAGAUCCUGAAACUCUGGAGACUUUAGUUAGCCUUGGGCUUAAAAGAACUCUGGGUUUUACUGGUUUUCUUGAUUUUGCUAGAUCAGUAUCGAUGUUACAUGAUUCUGGUAAUUCAGAAGCAGUGAGUUAUGGGCAGAGGUUGAUUACCUGUUUAGAUGCUCUUGCGCAUAAGCUCUCGGCAGAGGAGAAAGAAGGGAAUUGCAAUCAGUUGCAGAGUAUUUCAGUUUGCCAGGAUAAUUGUAUUGCAAAUGGUGAGGCUGUGUACCUCAACGCUCUUGAGAGAGGUGAAAAUCACUAUGAAGAUUCUCUGGAUGUUGAAUAUCUUUUGACUGACUUGGCUGAUGAUAAGCCAGAAGAAGAAUUUUGGUCUGAAAUGAAGGCUAUUGACUGGUGUCCGGUCUGUGUUGAUCCACCCCUACAAGGACUGCCAUGGUUAAAAUCUAACAAGCAAGUAGCAUCUCCAAAUAUUGUCAGACCUAAAUCACAGAUGUGGAUGGUGUCAUGCACAAUGCAUAUACUAGAUGGUGAAUUCCACUCAAAUUAUCUACAAAAGAGACUUGGUUGGAUGGAGUGUCCAAAGGUUAGUGUUUUAUCAAUGCAAUUGGUUGAACUAUCCAAAUCCUACAAUCAAGUAAAGCUAAAUUCUCCUGUGAGACUGGAUUUUGAUGCUGCACUGCAAAAGGGUAUCCCAACGCUUUAUUCUAAAUUGCAAGAAUAUAUUGGUGCCAAUGAUUUCACAGAGUCGAAAUCAGCUUUAGAUGGUGUUUCCUGGGUUUGGAUUGGUGACGAUUUUGUAUCCCCUAGUGAACUUGCAUUUGAUUCACCAGUGAAAUUUCACCCUUAUUUGUACGUUGUUCCAUCCGAGUUAUCAGAAUUUAGAGUUUUGCUUUUGGCAUUAGGUGUGAAACUUAGUUUUGAUAUCUGGGAUUACUUUCAUGUUCUGCAACGCCUACAGAAUAAUGUGAAAGGUUGCCCCCUCUCAACUGAUCAGUUAACUUUUGUCCAUUGCGUCCUUGAAGCUGUUGUGGACUGUUGCUCAGAAGAUCCGUUGUUUGAUGUUUCCAAUACAUCAUUAUUAAUUCCAGAUUCUUCUGGAGUUCUAAUGUGUUCUGGGGAGCUUGUUUAUAAUGAUGCACCAUGGAUGGAAAAUAGUGCUCUGGGCGGGAAACAUUUUGUACAUCCAAGUGUUGACAAUGAUUUGGCUAAUAGAUUGGGGGUGAAAUCACUUCGCUGCCUCUCUUUGGUAGAUGAAGAUAUGACUAAAGAUUUGCCAUGCAUGGACUUUACUAAGAUAAAAGAACUUCUGGCGUUGUAUGGGAACAAUGAUUUUUUGUUGUUUGACCUUCUUGAGUUAGCGGAUUGCUGCAAAGCCAAAAAGUUGCAUUUGUUUUUUGACAAGAGGGAGCACCCUCGUCAGUCUUUGCUGCAGCACAAUUUAGGUCAAUUUCAAGGGCCUGCUCUAGUUGCCAUUUUGGAAGGUGUCAGCUUGAAUAGGGAGGAGGUUAGCAGCCUUCAGCUUCUCCCUCCGUGGAGACUUCGGGGCAAUACUCUUAACUAUGGCUUGGGACUUCUUAGCUGUUACUUUGUAUGUGAUUUCUUGUCAGUUAUUUCUGGUGGCCACUUUUAUAUGUUUGAUCCUUGUGAUCUGGCACUCGGUGUGCCUUCCAGUCAUACUCCCACAGCAAAAAUGUUUUCUCUGAUAGGUACAAAUUUGACCAAGCGGUUUUCUGAUCAAUUUAAUCCGAUGCUGAUUGGUGAAAAUACUUCAUGGUCCUUAUUAGAUUCUACUAUUAUCCGCAUGCCUCUAUCAUCAGAAUGUCUUAAAGAUGGACUUGAGUUGGGAUUGAAGAGAGUAAAGCAAAUAUAUGACAGAUUCAUGGAGCGUGCAUCCGGAACACUUAUUUUCUUGAAGUCAGUUUUACAGGUCUCACUCUCAACAUGGGAUGAAGGAAGUGAACAAGCAUGCCAGGAUUAUUCAGUUUGUGUUGAUCCUUUAUCUGCUACUUUAAGAAAUCCAUUUCCAGAAAAGAAGUGGAGGAAAUUCCAAAUAUCAAGGUUAUUUAGCAGCUCAAGUUCUGCAGUUAAAUUGCAUGUGAUAGAUGUGAACUUGGACGAAAGAGCUACUGCUACUAGAGUUGUUGACCGCUGGCUUGUUGUGCUUAGCCUUGGCUCUGGGCAAACAAGAAAUAUGGCUCUGGACAGGAGAUAUCUUGCAUACAACUUGACACCUGUGGCUGGAGUUGCAGCUCACAUAUCAAGAGAUGGUCAUCCUGUUGAUGUGCAUCUGAAAAGCUGUGUUAUGUCUCCUCUUCCUUUGUCCACUAAUAUAACUCUACCUGUCAUUGUUCUGGGAUGUUUCCUUGUACGUCACAAUGGCGGCCGUUGUCUCUUCAAGUACCAGGACAGGGGAACUUCUGGGGAUGCACAGGCUGAUGCUGGAGGUCAGUUGGUUGAAGCUUGGAACAGAGAAUUAAUGUCUUGUGUUCGUGAUUCUUACAUUGAAAUGGUGAUGGAAAUGCAGAAACUAAGAAGAGAACCUUCAAGUUCAACUAUUGAAUCAAGUGCAGGUCGUGCAUUUUCUCUGUCUUUGAAGGCAUAUGGUGAUCUAAUUUAUUCCUUCUGGCCAAGGUCUAAUAGGCAUGCAUCAAUUAAUCAACCUGGAGAUGGAGAUAACUUAGCACAAAUGAGAGUGCUUAAAGCAGAUUGGGAAUGUCUGAUCGAACAAGUAAUAAGGCCAUUUUAUGCUCGUGUUGCUGAUCUCCCUGUUUGGCAGCUUUAUUCAGGAAGCUUGGUCAAGUCUGAAGAGGGUAUGUUUCUUUCACAACCUGGAAAUGUGGUAGCUAGUAAUUUACUUCCAGCUACAGUUUGUAGUUUUGUGAAGGAACAUUAUCCUGUGUUUUCUGUACCUUGGGAGCUUGUGACCGAAAUCCAGGCUGUUGGGAUUCCAAUUCGAGAAAUUAAACCUAAAAUGGUUCGGGAUCUUCUAAGGAUGUCAACGACACCUUUUGCUCUUCGAUCAAUUGAUACCUACUUGGACGUUCUUGAGUACUGCUUGUCUGAUAUUGAGAUUCCAGGAUCAUCUAAUUUUUCUGAAGAAAAUGCAUCAGUGGAUUCUUUCAACUUCAAUAUAAUGCAUAGAGCAGCUAAUGAUGUGGGCAACAGUUCUACUUCAGCAUCAAUGCCAAAUGUGCAGAAUGUUCAUGGGUUGCAGGAUCAGAGUGAAUCCAGUUCAGGAGAUGCACUUGAGCUAAUGACAAGUUUGGGGAAGGCUUUAUUUGAUUUUGGACGAGGAGUUGUUGAAGAUAUUGGUAGGGCUGGAGGGCCUUCAAGUCAGAGGAACACCAUUUCAGAUGGCAGUGGAAAUGGAAAUCCUAUGACUCUAUUUGUUGCUGCUGAGCUCAGGGGUUUACCAUGUCCAACUGCUACUAAUAAUUUAGCUCGGUUGGGAGUUAGUGAGCUUUGGCUUGGCAACAAGGAUCAACAGGCCCUGAUGACGCCUUUAGCCGCAAAAUAUGUCCAUCCAAAACUAUUAGAUAGAUCCAUCCUGUCUGAUAUUUUCUCCAAAUGUGCCUCGCAAUCAUUAUUGAAACUGAAGAAUUUCUCUCUCCACUUACUGGCUGGUCAUAUGAGAUUACUUUUUCAUGAGAAUUGGGUGAAUCAUGUAAUGGGUUCAAAAUUGGCUCCGUGGUUUUCUUGGGAGAAUACAUCAAAUUCUUUUGAUGAAGGUGGUCCAUCUCAUGAAUGGAUAAGAUUGUUCUGGAAAUGUUUUACGGGUUCAUCAGAAGAACUCUCACUGUUUGCUGAUUGGCCCUUAAUUCCUGCUUUUCUUGGUAGACCCAUCUUAUGCCGUAUAAAGGAACGUCAUUUAGUCUUCAUUCCUCCUCCUUUUACUGAUCCAGUCUCUGGGAACAGUGUGCUGGAUAUGGGUAGCUCGGGAAAUGGUAUGACAGGAUUGUCCAUUAAUGAAUAUGAUGUGCAGUUGUAUAUUUCAGCUUUUGAACAAACGAAAAGUAGGCAUCCUUGGUUGUUUUCUCUGCUGAACCAAUGCAAUAUCCCCAUUUUUGAUGCUGCUUUCUUUGGUUGUGCUGCCUCCUGUAAUUGUCUCCCUUCACCCGUUCAGUCGCUAGGACAAGUUAUUGCUUCUAAGCUUGUUGCAGCCAAAAACGCUGGAUAUUUUGCUGAACUUAAAUCAUUUUCAGAUUCAGAUCGAGAUGAACUUUUUAGUCUUUUUGCUUAUGAUUUCUUGUCUAAUGCAUCUAAAUAUGGAACUGAGGAACUUGAGGUAUUGCGAUGCUUGCCUAUAUAUAAAACAGUCGGGGGAUCCUACAUGAAACUGCUUGGUCAAGAUAUGUGUAUGAUAUCUUCUGGAUCAUUCCUAAAGCCAUUUGAUGAGCAUUGCCUUUCCCAUUCAACAGAUUCAAUCGAGUGUUCACUGUUACGAGCCCUUGGGGUUCCUGAAUUACAUGAUCCACAGAUUUUGAUAAGGUUUGGGUUGCCCGGAUUUGAAGGCAAACCUCGGCCUGAGCAAGAGGAUAUAUUAAUAUAUCUUUACACGAACUGGCAAGAUCUCCAGACAGAUUCUUCUUUACUUGAAGUUCUGAAGGAGUCUAGAUUUGUAAGGACGGCAGAUGAAUUUUCCACAGAUCUCUCUCAGCCCAGGGAUCUGUUUGAUCCCUGUGAUGCUUUAUUGACAUCUGUAUUCUCUGGUGAGAGGAAGAAAUUUCCUGGAGAAAGGUUUAAUACAGAUGGUUGGCUUCGCAUUUUAAGGAAAACAGGUCUUCGAACUGCUACUGAUGCAGAUGUUAUACUUGAAUGUGCCAAAAAGGUUGCAUUUUUGGGAGAUCAGUGCAUAAAAUCGAAGGGGUCUUCUGAUGAUUUUGAGAGGGAUUCUGAUGAUGAAGUAUCUGUGGAGAUAUGGGCAUUGGCUGGAUCAGUUGUUGAAGCUGUAAUCUCAAACUUCGCUGUCUUUUAUGGCAAUAAUUUCUGUAAUAGCAUUUCUAAGAUAGCAUGUGUACCUGCUAAACUGGGAUUUCCCAAUGGUGGCGGCAGGAAAGUGCUUACUUCAUAUAGUGAAGCUGUUCUGUUGAAGGACUGGCCUUUGGCUUGGAGUUGUUCUCCCAUUCUUACUAAACAAAAUGUUGUUCCUCCUGAAUUCUCCUGGGGAGCACUCCACCUGAGGAGUCCUCCAUCUUUUUCCGUAGUCCUAAAACAUCUGCAGGUGAUUGGAAGAAAUGGUGGCGAAAACACUCUUGCUCACUGGCCCACUGCAUCAGGCAUGAUGACAGUCGAUGAAGCUUCUUGUUCAGUGUUGAGAUAUCUGGAUAGGGUUUGGGGUUCCCUUUCUUCUUCAGAUACAAAAGAAUUGCAGAGAGUGGCAUUUCUACCUGCUGCUAAUGGAACACGACUGGUGACAGCAAACUCUCUUUUUGUUCGCCUGUCAAUUAACCUGUCACCAUUUGCAUUUGAACUGCCUACUUUGUAUCUUCCUUUUGUAAAAAUUCUAAAAGAGUUGGGACUUCAGGACAUGCUAACAGUUGAGGCUGCAAAGGAUCUUCUGAUAAAUCUCCAAAAAGCUUGUGGAUAUCAGCAUUUAAAUCCAAAUGAACUCCGUGCUGUGAUGGGAAUCUUGUAUUUUCUUUGUGAUGCAAUUAUAGAGGGAAAUGCAGACGGUGGGAUCAAUUGGAGUUCAGAUGCAAUAGUCCCAGAUGAUGGUUGCAGACUUGUUCAUGCAAAAUCAUGUGUAUAUAUUGAUUCUUAUGGCUCUCAGUAUGUUAAAUAUAUCAACAAAUCAAGGUUAAGAUUUGUUCAUCCAGAUCUUCCAGAGAGAAUUUGUCUAGCACUGGGCAUUAGGAAAGUGUCGGAUGUUGUCAUAGAGGAACUUGAUGAGGAAGAAGAUUCACAGACAUUGGAUUAUAUUGGGUCUGUUCCUCUAGUACUUAUCAGAGAGAAGCUGUCAAGUAGAUCAUUUCAAAGUUCUGUGUGGACUCUUGUAAAUAGCACGAGUGGUUGCAUUCCUGUUACUUAUAAUUUGUCUUUGGAAAUCAUACAAAAUUUACUGGGAAGUCUCGCUGAAAAGUUGCAAUUUGUUAAAAUUCUCCAUACUCGUUUUGUGCUUCUUCCAAAGUCCCUUGAUAUCACCCUAAUUGAUAAGAAUUGUGUUGUUCCAGAAUGGGAGGGUGGGUCCAAACACCGUAGUCUAUAUUUUGUAAACCGGUCAGAGACCUGUAUUUUGGUUGCUGAGCCGCCUGCUUGUAUAUCCGUUCUUGAUGUAGUUGCAAUUGUUGUCAGCCGGAUUUUAGGUUUCUCUUCCCCACUACCUAUAGGAUCUCUGUUUUUAUGCCCUGGAGGUUCUGAAACUGCAAUUCUCGGUAUACUAAAAGUUUGUUUCAACAAGAGAGAAACUGAAUAUACAAGUAACAAAUUAGUGGGAAAUGAAAUACUGCCUCAAGAUGCUGUCCAAGUGCAGCUUCAUCCUUUGAGGCCGUUUUACAAUGGAGAGAUAGUGGCAUGGCGGUCUCAGAAUGGAGAGAAAUUGAGGUACGGGAGAGUUCCAGAGGAUGUUAAACCAUCAGCUGGCCAAGCUCUUUACAGAUUCAAGGUGGAAACUGCCCCAGGAGUGGUUGAGUGUCUUCUUUCUUCACAAGUCUUCUCAUUUAAAAGCAUAUCAACGGGAAGUGAGGCUUCCUUAGCAACUGUGUCUGGUGGUAGUCAUGCUGUAGUUGAUAAGUUGCCUCUUGUCAAGGUGCCAGAAAGUUCUGGAAGUACCAAACCAAAAUCUUAUCAGGGUGGAAAAGAGCUCCAGUAUGGCCGAGUGUCAGCUGAAGAACUUGUGCAGGCUGUUCAUGAGAUGCUUUCUGCGGCCGGGAUUAACAUGGAUGAGGAAAAGCAGUCUCUUCUGCAAAGAACGAUAGCUCUGCAGGAACAAUUGAAAGAGUCUCAGGCAGCACUUUUACUUGAACAGGAAAAGGCUGAUGUGGCAGCAAAAGAAGCUGAUACAGCGAAAGGAGCAUGGCUUUGUCGAGUCUGUUUGAGUAACGAAGUUGACAUGACAAUUGCUCCAUGCGGUCAUGUGCUUUGUCGUAAAUGCUCAUCUGCUGUUUCCAGAUGUCCAUUUUGUCGGCUUCAGGUAACAAAGACCAUAAGAAUUUUCAGGCCAUGAUCUGGGACUAGAAAGUUACCCCCAUAAAUUUGUUCAUAGAUGCAACACUGUCACAUAUCGGAAAUAGAAAAUCACAGUAAUAGCGUGUUAGCCAAACAUGGAGCAGCUUGUCAAUAUUAUUGAAUAUUGUAUUGUAGCUUUUGCCCUUGGGUGUAGUAGUUUCUUUGCUAUGUAUAAAAUAAACGUGUAAAAUAUAGUGCUUAGAUCCUACUUCAAUUUCUUCAUUUUGUUGUAAAGUACAAUAACGAAAGCAUACUGAUCUAUUGUUUCUUGAAACAUACAUAUUAUAUAUUAUAUAUAUAUGUAUGGUGAAUUACCAUUGUACUUU